AAAACACAACUUCGCGCCAUUAAAACGAACCUUCAGAAAAAGGAAACACAAAUCCCAUUUCUUACUCACAGAAUCACAAAGCGGCUGACAUGCAGUCAUUUUCUUCACCUUCCUGACACUUACAGAUUGAUUCCUCUAUUCUCGACCUUCACAUUAAUGCUUCCUUGGCUCAUCAACCCACCUCUUGACUGCUUUCCCUCUUCUCCAAACCCUAACCUUCGCUCUUCAUCUUCCAUUCGAGCAGUCUAUUCUGACAAGGGACAUAACGAAUUGGAAAAUUUGACUGUUGUUUGCACCAAAAAAACACCCUUACCAUGAGUGCACCAGGUGUAUGCCCAACCGAGGAUGCUAUACAUGCAUUAUUAGACUAUUUAGUUGAACCUAUGCUGCCUGCAAAGUCAUCUUCGAGAGAAAAUCCACCAGAAGCUCUACUGCAAUCAGUUGCAAAACAGAUGCAUGCAGUUGUUCUAUUAUACAACUUCUACCACCGGAAACAACAUCCACAUCUUGAGUUUUUGAGUUUUGAGGCAUUUUGCAAGUUAGCUGUGAUCGUUAAACCAGCUUUGUUGUCUCACAUGAAACUCAUGCAAAGCUCAGAUGAUAUUGAAUUGGAAAAUCCGGAGAAGCAGCUUUCUCCAGCAGAAAAAGCAAUUAUGGAUGCAUGUGAUAUAGCCACAUGUCUGGAGGCAUCACCAGAUGAAAACAUAGAGGGCUGGCCUCUUUCUAAGGUUGCUGUUUUUUUAGUUGACUCUAAGAAGGAGCAUUGUUAUUUGCUAUUUAGUUUCAUCACUCAAGGAGUUUGGUCUGUCAUUGAACAAGAUAUAGAUUCGUCUGAAUGGCAACCAGAAACUGUGGAUGAGGAAAGACAUGUAAACAAAAAGAAAAGAGUGAUUAAGAAACCUUCAAAAGAGGGGCUAGUUGUUGAUGAAACUAAGACUCAGCAGGUUGCAUAUACAGCAGUUAAGGAAGCAACUGGGAUUAAUCAAAGCGAUCUCAAAAUUUUAGAAAGUCACGUUGUAUACUCUUUAAGUAAAGAAAAAUCAGCAGUCUGCUUUUAUAUGAUUCAGUGCACCCGAUCAGCAACUGAAGAUGUAAUUCAAGUUCCCAUAAGAGAUGUCGUUAACAGUUUGCAGGAUUCAUUGUUUAGAAAAAGUGGAAGGAGAUGGAGCAUUACUUCAAAAGUUGAGUACUUCCACAUUCUUCCUUAUGCUAAAAUGGCACUAACCUGGUUUCACAGGGAAUCUUCAUCAGAUAAGUUGGGAGUCAUAGGUGAAGAAAAGGUUGAUGAAAAUUUGAACAGGCCUGAGAGAAUAGAUGUAAUCAGGAGGCUUAAAGUUCAAAACAAUCAAAAUGGUGCUAGUGCAAACAAUCUGAAUAUAAGGGCUAACAUUUAUGGUAAAGGAUUCGAGAGAUUGCCAGAUAAAACUAACUGUGUUGGUAGUUUGCAUGAUGCGAUCUACAGGCCCCAGAGUACUAGUGUGGAUGACUUAGUUCCCUCCUAUCCAGUAGAGAAGAAAAAAGAUGUACCAAACACUAGCCAAGCUAUCGUUUCUUAUACAAAGACUUAUACAAAGAAAAUAACUGAUAGGCAAGUUGGCAAUAGCUAUGAACUGAUGAUCCCGUGUAUGGUAAAUGAAUCAGAUGCCUCAGAAAGUGGUAUCAAAGCUAAGGAUGGGAUAUUAGCUACAAACCCGUGUAUUGCUGAAUGCAGUGGUGAAAAGAUUGCUUCUGGAAAUCUCUCUGACAAUAUUUCGUUUGAUCAAAAUAGGAAUGGUGAUCAUGCUCUCAUCACCUGUCAAUCGAAUGCAGAGCAUCUUUCCAAGUUACAAGCAAUUAUUGUUUCAAAAGAAACAGCACUGUCACAAGCUGCAAUUAAAGCUCUAAUCAGAAAGAGGGAUAAGCUGUCUCAUCAACAACGCCUCAUUGAAGAUGAGAUUGCUCAGUGUGAUAAAAACAUGCAGACAAUAUUAAGGGGUGAUGAAGAUGAUUUGGUUUUAAAGCUGGAUUCUGUGAUUGACUGUUGCAAUGAUUUAUGCCAAAGCACUGCUGAAGAUAAAUCUUAUCAAUACUUUGAAGAAAACUGCUCAUCUCAAUAUGUCACAAGGAAGAGAUUGUCAGAAGCAAUUCUCUGCAUACAGAAUCCAUGUCAGGAACUGGAUGGUAUAUGUCAUAAGAAUAAUUGGAUAUUGCCAGUCUACGGAGUUUCGUCAUUAGAUGGUGGGUUCCAAGCUAAUGUGUUUGUAAAAGGGAUGGAUUUUGAGUAUUCAAGCUGUGGUGAACUGUGUUCCGACCCUCGUGAUGCGAGAGAAUCAGCUGCGAUGAAGAUGUUAGGUCAACUAUGGAGGAUGGCCAAUCAGGCCAAGUAGUUUUAGAAGCCUUUGAUGAAGGUUAUAGUAAUGUGUCUGUUUUUGGGUUCUCCAUAUAGACGGGAGGGGGAAAGAGAAGCUCUUUAGUCUUUAUGCUCUCCAAGAUUGUGUAGCUUUAUGCUCUCCAAGAUUGCGUAGUCUUGUGUAGGCUUUUUUUUUUGUUUUUUUGUUUUUUUUUUUUUUUUUUUUUUGUAUAAGGAGCUUAACAAAAGAAAGGUUUUGGAGAGCAAUCAAGACAACUGUCUAAAGCCGUCA